GUGACUAAUAAUUAAGUAGUCACACCCACUCAUUUCAAGAUGGCAUCCAGUAUUGAACUAAUUGAUUUCAGAGCUGAAGGAAUCCACUCUCUUAAAGAUAUUGGGUAUGCUAUAAAUGAAGGAAGAGUAUCAGAAGUUCUACCGUCCAGUAGCUCCUCAGUCUAUUUGAAUAUAAUCACACAAGAAGACAAAGAGUUCUGUGUAUUAUUGGACAAAAAUGGAUACCAGGUUGUUGGAUUCAAGUGCGACUGUGUUGAUGAGGGCCUGUCUCUUUCAGUUUAUGAAACUAUCUAUUCAUUAAUGGACUCCAUCAGCGAUAGUUAUAAAGUAUCUUUUAAUACUCAACUAUUCAAUAAAUUAAAACAUUAUCAACAAGGCAAUAAAGAUGAAAAAUAAAUAAUUAAAUAAAUUGAAACUAAACGAAAAAUUAUUGACAAUUAUCAUAGGCUAACAAUAUUGUUGCUACUUGAA